CAAGUGUCAUCCACAAACUCACAAGUCACAAACCAAUACCUCCAUUGUGAGAGUUUGUGAGUGUGUCUUCUCUUGUGUGUAAAGCUUAUUACAACAAAGACACACUAAGUAAGAUAUGGCAGAAACAUGUGAUAAAAUGAUCAAGGGGUUACGCAACUUGAAGCCUUACCUUGCUAUGGUGUCCCUUCAAUUUGGUUAUGCAGGAAUGUAUAUCAUCACUAUGGUUUCAUUCAAGCAUGGCAUGAGUCAUUGGGUUCUCUCCGUCUACCGUCAUAUUGUCGCUACUCUCUUCAUGGCUCCCUUCGCCCUCGUCCUCGAAAGAAAAAUUAGGCCAAAGAUGACACUCCCAAUUUUCUUGAGGUUGGCUGUUCUUGGAUUCCUUGAACCCGUGCUUGAUCAGAAUUUGUACAACCUGGGAAUGAAGAAUACUUCAACAACGUUUGCAUCUGCCACUGUCAACAUUCUCCCAGCUAUUACUUUUAUAAUGGCAAUCAUUUUCAGGUUAGAAACAGUGAACUUUAGAAAAAUCCACAGUGUUGCAAAGGUUGUGGGAACAGUUGUGACUGUAUCAGGAGCAAUGGUUAUGACUUUGUACAAAGGCCCUGCACUUCAAAUCAUAAAGGGUCAUGCAGGAAGUCAACAUGAAAGUGGAAGCAGUGAAUCCUCUGAACAAAACUGGGUGCUUGGCACUAUUAUGCUCAUUUCAAGUUGUUGCGGUUGGGCUAGUUUCUUUAUCUUGCAAUCUUUCACUUUGAAGAUGUAUCCAGCAGAGCUUUCUAUGACUGCAUGGAUUUGCUUCUUGGGUAUAUUUGAAGGUGGAAUUGCAACAUUUAUAUUUGAACGUGACAUGAGUGUAUGGUCAUUAGGGUUUGACUCUAGGCUUCUUGCUUGUGUUUACUCUGGUAUUGUGUGCUCUGGAAUGGCUUACUAUAUACAAGGUGUUGUGACUAGGGAACGUGGACCUGUGUUUGUUACUUCUUUCAGUCCUUUAUGUAUGAUCAUCACAGCUGCAUUGGGUUCUAUUGUCUUAGCUGAACAAACUCACUUGGGAAGUAUAAUUGGAGCUAUUAUCAUUGUGUGUGGACUAUACACUGUGGUGUGGGGGAAAAGCAAAGAUAGUGUGAAUACAAUUGAAGCAACACAAAGUGAGGGACAAGAGUUGCCAAUAAAGGAUGGAGCAAGAACAGGGUCAGACAUUUUUGAAAGUAUUGAGGUCAACGUUCCUAAGGUUGGAGGAAAGAAUAAUGGCAAACCAUAAACAACAUCAUGGAUGGAUGGUUCCUUUAUUAGAAUUAACAUCACAAAUUUUCCUACUUAAAUGAAGUCAAGAGAGAUUUUGUGCACUUGUACAAAUCUUUCUCAGUGCCCUUACGGCUCCAUUUUCAUAUAUAUUUUGCUUUUUCUUUUUUGUUUGACUUUUCUUUCAUGUUUAUGAAACUUUGAGUAACAAUAAAAUAAUGUUUUUGUCUUUA